AUGUCGGCAUUAGAGCUAUAUUUGGUUGGCGAUUACAACGGUGCGAUCGAGAAGUCUAAACAGGCUGCAAAAGAUCCUGGGUCUCUUGCUCAUCUCGCUGGAUUUCUGGCCCAUAUGGCACAGGGGAAAACGGCCCCAAUCCCCACAGGUGGCUAUGCAUCGGCUCUUGAGAGUAUGGCUAAAGGCAUCAAGGUACAGAAAGGAAGCGAUUAUCCUGAGUGUGUUUCUGUAGUCCGCGCUCUAAUGGACCUAAUGAAGAAUGAUCCUGACAGCGCAUACACAGAAGUUACUGCUCUUAUUAACCGGUCAGUGAACGACGAAGCCAGGAGAAAGAUAGAGAGUGUGGGAUUCCUACAUUAUAUUCGUAUCCUUGCGCUUUUGCAGAUGAAUCAGUUGCCUUUAGUCAAACGGGAAAUGGGGCUUCUUCAGGCCGCCGAGAGUGGUUCACCCCUAUAUUCUGUAGCAGAUUGCUUGGUUUAUGGGACUCAUCGAUCAUUUAACUCUCUGAAGGCUAGGUUUGGAGUUACUGAGCAGAUACAGUAUCUGGCAGAGCUACAUGGAUACAACCUUAUUGGCAAGUAG